UGACAGUUGUAAUGUAACAGUGCUCAUCCUAUUUUUUAUAUCUCCUUGCAUUUUGAUACAAAAUAUUAGUAAUUCGCGAAGUGGUAUUACGUGAACAAGAUGAAAAUACGAUCCCACGCACUUCGGGAACGGUGGAAUGCGGUUCGCUAGCGUCGAGUGAUAUGUCUACGAGGAGCGGUGCGAGCGCGAUCCGAGCGCGCCGCGGCCACAAGGAGCGCUCCAAGAAUUUUACCGAGCUGGAGAAGCGCACCGUGCUCGAACUGAUCGCGCGCCACCGCGACGUACUGCGCCAGGGCCGCUCCAACAACGCCACAAACCGCAGCAAACAGCUGGUGUGGUCUACGAUCUGCGAGGAGGUGAACAAGCGGUGCGGAGGCGAGCGACCGCGCACUCCCGCGCAGGUCAAGAUGUGGUACGAGAACUACAAGAAGAAAUGCAAAAUGCGCGCACACGACACACAGCAGCCCACUCCCGAUGCGUCGUCCGGUAUUCUCGACGGAAUGUUGUGGCAGAGCAUACACCCUCUAGAUGUCAAAGAUGAGGAGGGUGAGGCCACUACCAGCGUGGAAGGUUCGCACAGCAUCAAGGAUGACGACUGCAUACCCGUUAAUAUGUCAAACGGACGACUUUCGAGCACGAACGACAGCGACGAUACGAUGCCUAACGUCCUCGAACCGCAGGUACAAAUCAUCCCCCAGUCCUCGCCCACGCCUCCCCCACACAAAACGGGCCCAAACCCAGCCAUCAACCCCCUAACCCUCGCACCCCAUAUACUAGCCAACCCCUUACAAGCUCUGGAGCAAGCCAGGAUACAGCAAAAUUUCCUGCAGAAAUUGAACGAAAUGUCAAAUACUCCAUUAAAUUUAAGUCACCUCGACGACGAGAAGAGAAGAAAUGGCCACGACAGGAGUCAAGAGAAGACUGAUGAGCAAAUAAAACACGACUGCGGCAACGCCACGGAAGAAGAGAGACUCUACUUCUCUGCCAAGAGACAGCACGCGAUAUGGGAACACGAGGCCAAAAUGAAAAUAUUAAACAUGGAGCUCAGACAAAAGGAAGAGAUAUUCUCACUGCAGAAACAACUCUUCCUUAUCGAGCUGAGAUUGAAAAUGGACUUUCUGGAAAAAGCGAGCGGGAAAUAGCGACGCUUAAAAGCGCUGGGGUCUCGGCAUUCUUUACCCUUUUUAGGGUUGAAGUGAUACUUUUUAAGUGACAAAAGUCAUAUCUGUCACUGCCACUUUUUACAACCGUUGAUAUUUAAAAUAUUCAUCCAAGGUUGUAUGUGGAAGCUCAUUUUUAAAUAAGAUUGUAAGUGGAAACUUUCUAAAUACAUGUUAUCGCCAUAGGCGACCAGUGUUGCCACUUAGGAAAAAACUAAAUAUAAUUUUUUAUAAAAUUGUACUUAAUAAGUACAAACUGUGUCAGUUGGCUUGAAAAGUCUUUCAUUAAACCGAGAUUAAAAAUAUACUUUUUUUUUUGUACACUUAACAUGAUUAAUUGUGGCAACACUGAAUGUAUUGAUAAUAUUUUCACAAUGUGCCAUCAUUUGUAGUUACGGAUUUACACGCCUUUUGUUUUCAUGCUUUUUAACAUUAAUAUAAUUUUGUUUGAAGUCUUUC